GGAGGGCUCCAUUAACUCUUUCCUUGCCUUGUUGGACUAGAAGACUUGCCUUUGAGUAUAACACAUUUAAAUUCUAGCCACUUCAUUUUGGUGCUAACAUCAUCAUUCCUGUCACCUCAGGUGGGGAAGGUGGUGGGCAGUUUCUCUGUGGCAUCCUAGAGUCAGUUGUGUUCAAGCAUAGCACAAACACAGCCAAAGCACAAUGACUUCAGCGUGCACAUCUAUUCCUGUGACCUACUGAGAAGUUAUUUGUGUUCCCAGUGGCCCUCACAAGUCACCCGGAAUUCUCUGCAGUGUUUCUGCUCAGGGUUGAUAUCCUUAGAGACUUCACAACUAGCAAAGCAGUUUAGGGAAUAGAAGAAAGAAUGAAGGUGCUCCUUGCAAGACAUGUUUGCCCUUGGUGUUUAUGGGACACUCCUGAAGAUAGUGUGUCUUCAGGGACCCCCACAUUUGUGUGCUUUGCGUGUUAUGGUGACUUGAUGGCCUACCUUUGUUCUGCCUGUCAGGAGGUUAUGGUCAGCCUGGGAGGGGGUGACUCAGUACAGGAUGUGGGGAGCUCUGUGGACCUUGAGUGGGUGUGGGUUUUGAGAGGCUGUGGGCAGGUCCCUUCCCGCAAAGCAGAUCUGCGCCACCAGCUCCUUUCUACCCAGUAAUUCACUUCCUUUGCCCAAAUGGGUAGAGAAUCUGUUCUGCUUUGCAAAUGUUUGUGGAUAGUAGAAUAACCUGGCAAUUAAAGUGGCUUGUCUCAUUUUCUACCUUGACCAGUGCUUACUUAAAACUGUUUACACAGUUACUUUGGUUUUAGAAAGUGGAUUAUUUGGCAGAACUUAAGCUCUUCUGUGCCUCCUGUGUUUUUGCGUGGACAUGUGUUUUACUGGGUUGCCACACCAAAUCAGUUCCUGUUUAUGCUGAGUGAGUUGGGUUUGUAACCGGAAUGGUUUCACUUCUAGUUUUGCUGAUUCUUUGUUGUGAAUAGUUGUGGUUUAUCUCAGGAUUCCUGUGAGGUUCUUUAUACAGGAGAAGGAAUUUGCUUGCUAGAAAUCAAAAUGCAAGACUUGACAGACACAGAGACUUGGGAUGGAAGUUAUUUGGAAAAGUCCCACCGCGAGAGAAUGCUCAGAAAGAUUCAAAGAGAAUGCAAAAGGAACAUGAAGACAAGGCUGGAAGCCCGAGCAGACCGCCCUCCCCGAAGCAGAAUGUGAGGAAGAACCUGGAUUUUGAGCCACUUUCCACCACCGCCCUCAUCUUGGAGGACAGACCCGCAAAUCUGCCAGCAAAACCAGCCGAAGAAGCCCAGAAGCACAGGCAGCAGUAUGAAGAAAUGGUGGUGCAGGCCAAGAAACGAGAGCUUAAGGAAGCCCAGCGGAGGAAAAAGCAGCUGGAGGAAAGAUGCAGGGUGGAAGAAAGUAUCGGACAUGCCGUGCUGACCUGGAAUAAUGAGAUCCUACCCAACUGGGAAACCAUGUGGUGCUCUAGGAAAGUUCGAGAUUUAUGGUGGCAGGGCAUCCCUCCGAGCGUGAGAGGCAAGGUCUGGAGUUUGGCCAUUGGCAACGAGUUGAACAUUACCCACGAGCUCUUUGACAUCUGUCUGGCCCGGGCCAAGGAGCGGUGGCGGUCCCUCAGCACGGGAGGCUCAGAAGUGGAGAACGAAGAUGCUGGGUUUUCAGCCGCAGACAGAGAGGCCAGCCUGGAGCUUAUUAAACUGGACAUUUCCAGAACAUUUCCCAGUCUCUGCAUUUUCCAGCAAGGUGGCCCAUAUCAUGACAUGUUGCACAGUAUUUUGGGCGCUUAUACUUGUUACCGACCGGAUGUGGGUUAUGUUCAGGGCAUGUCCUUCAUAGCCGCAGUGCUCAUCCUGAACCUCGAUGCUGCAGAUGCCUUCAUUGCUUUUUCUAAUCUUCUAAAUAAACCCUGUCAAAUGGCGUUCUUCCGAGUGGACCACGGCCUUAUGUUGACUUAUUUUGCUGCAUUUGAGGUAUUCUUUGAAGAAAAUUUGCCGAAAUUAUUUGCGCAUUUCAAGAAAAACAACUUAACUCCAGACAUCUACCUGAUUGAUUGGAUCUUCACCCUGUACAGCAAGUCCUUGCCCCUGGACCUGGCCUGCCGUGUCUGGGACGUGUUCUGCAGGGAUGGAGAGGAGUUUCUCUUCCGCACGGCCCUGGGCAUCCUGAAGCUGUUCGAGGAUAUCCUGGCCAGGAUGGACUUCAUCCACAGUGCCCAGUUCCUGACCAGGCUGCCUGAGGACCUGCCGGCAGACGAGGUGUUCGCUGCCAUUGCCACAGUCCAGAUGCAGAGUCGGAACAAGAAGUGGGCACAGGUGCUGGCUGCACUGCAGAAAGACAUCCGGGAGAUGGAGAAAGGAAGCCCGUCCCUCCGACACUGAGGCAUCGCUCUGCAUAAAGCAGGUGUCCGGAUGAACCUGUGAGCUUUCAGACUGACACCUGGUGGCAGAGAACAGCAGGGCUCUUUUCAUGUUGGAUUCCCAAAUGCUGGAGUUGGCCUUAACCAAACCAAACUCAACACAACACAACAAAGCAGCUUUUAGAGAAUUAAACCCAGGCCUAGCCUUAAGCAGCUCAGUGGACUGACGCCCUGGAGCUGGUCAUGGCCAGCCACCGUGUUUUCCAGACGGGUCAGAGGCAGGGCAGUGGUUGCCUCCUCCCUCGUCUUUAUUUCAGCAAAAGUCAAUUAAAUUGUAAUGCUGUCAUGCAGCUACUGGAAAGUACGUCACAACCUUUCUUAGACAAGACGCAUGUUACUUGGGAGACCUCAGAGAUGUUAUUGGCUGGUGUUUUGGAUAUUUUGGUAUUGAGAUAAUCUUUCCAGAGCUGGAAGUUAUGUUUUCAAAACCUACCUACCAAAGAGUGGAAAGGAAUGUGGGCCCUUGUAGGCUAGUUGCUGGUGAGUGCUCCUGGGAUGCCAGGAGUCCACCUGACCUUCGUGUUGACAUUUGACCAUGUUAUCUUGACAUGUUACAGCAGAAAGGUGGCUGAUGCACACGAGGUUGUGGUGAGCACCUGCUUUCCCAGAUCGCUCCCUGCACCUGUCAAGCCACAUUGGAGCCAGGGAGCCACGUGCGGAGAUGGCCUGUGGCAAGAGACAGGCCUGGGGGCUGGCAGAAGCACCCUUUUAAGGAAAAGGGUAGAAGGAAAGUAUGACAGCUGCUCUUCCCACCUGCUGUUUCCAAGGAGGCUGGGGUGUGGACGGGCGCUCCCUUGCUUUUGCAGAGUGGCCCUCUCUGCCUUUGAUGCCUGAGCAGCCGGGUCUGGCCUAAGUGCCAGUGGUCCCCCACACAUUUGGCUUUAAAAGAUGUGCUUGACACAGUAUUGUAGGACUGAGGAGUGAGCAGUGCAUGUCUAACAGCCCAGGCAGGUACCAGGUUUCCCACUCUCUCUACCACUGGCCUUCCCCAGUUGAGCUGAUUUUCUAAGUUCAUUGGUGGGUUUUUUGUUCUAAGUUUUCCUUGACUUUUUUGAGAACUUUGUGUAAGAAAUUCACAAUGACGAACUGUUUUUGCAUAGAACAGUCGGACAGAUAGGCCAGUGUCUGUGGAACCAGGUUCUCAGUGGUAACCCACUGGCUGGCUGGUCCUUGGGCUGCAGGUGGGCAGAGUGGAGGGCACAGUCAGCAUGGUGAGGACCUGUGUGGCCUGCAUUCCACAACUUCCUCAGCCAUCCUGCCCUUCCUGGGAACACCCCUUCUCUGAGCUGGUCUCUGAUGUCAGGAGCCCUUGGCUCUGACAGUGACCUAUGCAGCAGGGAAACCUAGGCUGGGUGGAGAACAAAACAGCAUGUUCAUAUGAGCUUCUUCAUCUACUGUUCCCACUGGUGGUACUUCAGGUCUGCUUUACCCCCAUCCCACUCCACCACGUGCCCUUUUUCCCGGAGUCUUCUUUCUCAUACUUCUCACGUGGCUUCCCCAGGGAGGUUGCAGAGCAUCGUGGAUACCGCUUCUGCCUCAGCCUUAAAACGCUGACUUGCCCGACCUCUAGGAGGAGGCGCUGUCUUUACCAACAGUCCAGCAGCCUCCAGAUGCAGCCAUUCCUGACUGAGAUGUUGAAUGUAGCCUAGGCCCAGCUGGCCUGUGUGAGUGCCCAGCCUGCGCAUUGUCCUUCCUCACAGAUGGACUUAGUUUUGCUCCACGAUGUGGACGUUCUGUUGUUUAAAGAUGUAUAUAUUUUCUUACUGUAUAUCGAGAUCGCUUCGUCAGAGGGUGAAGGGGCAAGGGGCCUUGGGCAGCUAGUUUGGAAUGCUGUUGGGAAACUCCCCGGGGUUCACUACCAGCUCUCACCAGUUCUUGCUCUACGGUUUGAUGUUAAUCUGUGGGUAUGUGUGAAGUUUCCCAACAGGACCCUGGGCCAGUCUGGAGCACUGACUGAAUUCUUAGUCCAGACAAGGUUUUUAUGGCCUGCUCAGGGAUCCCACGAGCUGGGGGUGUCCUGCUCAGAGGCUGCAGAGUUCAGAGUCCUCAUCCAGGGUCACUUGGCCCCUUUGUGUUGAGAGCCACUGGUGAAUGCAGCAUUGUGCUUCUGUCUGUCACUGUUGUUAGGGUGAACUGGAAGCAUAAAAGCUUGAAAUGUGUCCUGAGGAAGCCCACACUUCCCACCUCAGGGGCCAGUGGCUUUCCAUCCCAGCAUUCAGGCUCUGGGCGCUAGCACUCUCUAGUGGGAGUGCAGUCUGCCUGCCUGCCUGCCUGCCCGCCCGCCCACGCGCAGCUCUCAGUGGGAAGCAGUGUUCACUUCCGAGGUACUUUUUAACUGCUCAGUUUUUGACCAUUUUAAAUAGUUUGCUGAUCGAAAACUCCUGAUAAUACUUGCUACACAUCAUGUUUUAAUUGCUUGUACAGUUAACCUUUAAUUUUAUUUAGUAAAGUGUAUCAAAGUAGGCCUUUUUGAAUUGUAAAU